AUGGAUCAGCAACGAUUCCUGCAGCAAUUGCAGAUUGUUCUCGACCCCUCCCAGGGUAACGUUAAGGAAGCGACCGGCGUCCUGCAGAAGGAAUUCUACACUCAGCCCGCAUCCCUUGUCCUCCUUAUUCAGAUUGCUACCGCUCAUGAGGAUUCCAACCUUCGCCAGCUUGCCGCUGUCGAGUCCCGAUCCCUCGUUCAGAAGCACUGGGUGAAGGUCGGCGAUGAGCAGAAGCCCCAGAUCCGUGAGCAGUUGCUCCGCUCCACCAUGGGCGAGAGCUCCCCUCUCGUCCGUCACUCCAUUGCUCGGAUCAUCUCCGCUAUCGCCAAGAUUGACCUGAACGAUGGUGAGUGGGGUGAUCUGCCCAACAUCCUCAUCCGCGCUGCCGACAGCGGUAACCAGGAUGAGCGUGGCGUUGCUAUCUACAUCCUGUACACUAUCCUUGAGACCCUCGGUGAGACUUUCGAGGAGAAGUUCGAGGACUUGUUCACCCUGUUUGGCAAGACCAUUCAGGAUCCCGAGAGCGCCGAGGUCCGCAUCAACACUCUGCUGGCUUUGAGCAAGUUGGCUAUGUACAUUGAGCCCGAGCUCCACCCUGGCCCCGUCAAGGUCUUCCAGGAUAUGGUUCCCUCCAUGGUCGCCGUCCUCAAGAACGCCAUUGACCAGAGCGAGGAGGACCGCAUCAUGCAAGCCUUUGAGGUCUUCCAGACCUUGCUUGGUUGUGACUCUGCCCUGCUCAAUGUCCACCUCAAGGAUCUUGUCAUGUUCAUGAACGAGAUGUCCGCCAACACCGAGGUCGAUGAGGACACUCGUACCCAGGCCAUCAGCUUCCUCAUGCAGUGCAUCCAGUACCGUAAGGUCAAGAUCCAGGGCCUCCGCAUUGGUGAGCAGCUUACUCGUACUGCCUUGCACAUUGUCACCGAGUUGGAUGAUGACUCUGCUGCCGAUGACGAUAUUACUCCUCCUCGCUCUGCUCUGGCUUUCCUGGAUUUGCUCUCUCAGAGUCUUCCACCCAGUCAGGUCGUUGUUCCUCUUCUACAGGCUCUUGGCCAGUACUUCAACAGCGCCGACCCCAACUACCGUCGUGCCGGUAUCCUGGCUCUCGGCAUGUGUGUUGAGGGUGCCCCUGACUUCAUCAGCACCCAGAUGAAGGAUAUCUUCCCCAUGGUCCUGCAGCUCCUUGCUGACGGAGAGUACAAGGUCCGCAUGGCUUCCUUGCACACCGUCGCUCGUCUCGCCGAUGAUCUUGCCGAGGAUUUGUCCGCGGAGCACCAGGCUCUUAUGCCCUUGCUGUUCCAGAACCUUACCAGUGCUAUGCAAGAGUACAAGGGUGAGGAGGAGGGACCUAUUGUUGAUAUCCUCAAGGCUGGUAUCAGUGCUAUUGAUGCUGUCGUUGACGGUCUCGAUGAGAAGGAUGUCGCUCCCUACCAGUCCGAGCUUGUCCCCAUUCUCCACAACCUCUUCAAGCACCCCGACUUCAAGAUCAAGUCUCUUGCUGCCGGUGCCCUUGGAUCUCUCGCCUCGUCUGCCAGUGACUCAUUCCUGCCAUUCUUCGACGAGUCCAUGCACUUGCUUCAGGAGUUUGCUGCUGUCAAGGAUAGCGAGGCCGAGCUUGACCUCCGCGCUAGUGUCACUGAUGCUAUGGGUGAGAUGGCUGCUGCUGCUGGCCCUGAGCGUUACCAGCCCUACGUGGAGCCCUUGAUGCGUGCUACCGAGGAGGCUCUGAACCUCGGCCACUCUCGCCUUAAGGAGAGCACCUACAUCUUCUGGGGCGCCAUGGCCAAGGUGUACGGUGAACACUUUGCCGCUUUCCUCGACGGUGCGGUCAACGGUCUCUUUGCCUGUCUCGAGCAGGACGAGACUGAGCUUGACGUCGCUCUGGGCGAAGCUGCCAAGGACCUUGUUGGACAGGAAGUCACCGUCGCUGGCCAGAAGGUCAAGGUUGCUAGCGCUGAUGAUGAUGAGGAUGAUUUCGAGGGUGAUAUCGAAGAUAUCGAGCUCGGUGGUGAUGAUGAUGACUGGGAUGACAUCACCGCCACUACCCCUCUGGCUCUUGAGAAGGAGAUUGCUGUUGAGGUCAUUGGUGACCUUGUUACUCACACUCGCAGCGCCUUCUUGCCCUACUUCGAGAAGACCAUUGAGCAGGUCAUGCCUUUGUGUGACCACCACUACGAGGGUGUUCGCAAGAGCACCAUCAGCACUCUCCACCGCUCUUAUGCCAUGCUCUUCGCCAUUGCUGAAGAAAACGGCCAGAUGGCCAAGUGGCAGCCUGGUCUUCCCCUGCAGAUCGAGCCUGCUAAGGAGGUUGCCAAGUUCGGUGAGAUUCUCAUGACUGCCACCAUUAAGAUGUGGACUGAGGAAGAGGACCGUGCUACUGUCGCCGAUAUCAACCGCAACAUGGCCGAGAACCUUCGCUUCUGCGGUCCCGCCCUCAUCGCUGAUGAGAGUGUUCUCACCAACGUCAUUCACCAAAUCACCGACAUCAUUAGCAAGAAGCAUCCUUGCCAGAUGGAGUUCGAGGAUGAGGAUGAGACUGACGGCGCUGGUGAGACCUCCGAGUUCGAUUGGGUCGUUGUUGACACCGCUCUCGACGUUGUUUCCGGUAUGGCUACUGCUCUUGGCUCUAGCUUCUCCGAGCUGUGGAAGAUGUUCGAGAAGACCAUCCUCCGCUUCGCCAGCAGCAGUGAGUCUCUGGAGCGCGCCACCGCUGUUGGUGUUCUCGCCGAGUGCAUCAACGGCAUGGGUGAUGCCGUCACCCCCUUGACCCCCACUCUCUUGAAGCUUCUUCUUCACCGUCUUGGUGACGAGGACCCCCAGACUCGCUCCAACGCUGCUUACGCCGUUGGUCGCCUGGUUGAGCACUCCAACGCCGCUGACGAGAUGGCCAAGGCCUACCCUACCAUCCUCAGCCGUCUUGAGCAGUGCCUCCAGAUGGAUGUCUCCCGUCUUCAGGACAAUGCCACCGGCUGUGUUAGCCGCAUGAUCCUCCGCAACCGCGAGGCUGUGCCCACCGCCCACGUUCUGCCCGUCCUCGUUAACAUCUUGCCCUUGAAGAACGACUACGAGGAGAACGACCCCCUGUACCGCAUGAUCUGCCAGCUGUACAAGUGGGAGGACGCUACUAUCCGCGACCUCACCCCCAACCUGCUUCCCGUCUUCCAGGCUGUUCUGACUGGCGAUGAGGACCAGCUUGAGGAUGAGCGCCGUGCCGAGCUCAUUGAGCUUGUUAAGUGGCUCAACCAGAUGCAGCCUGGCUCUGCCCCUUGGGCUGAGCAGCUGUAA